CCAGUAGAAUACCACGAAGUAAUUUGAAUCAGAAAAACAUGCUUGAGAAUCUAUUCCAAUAGGUUGUGAGGACGUGGGAUUUAUUUUCAUUAACUUACAGCCGAUAUUUGCAUCUGAAAUAAUGACGAUUAAAUGGACAGAACGUGCAACUGUAAAAUUGGUGAUUCUUUACGGAAGACACGAAUGCCUGUGGAAUCCAUUUCUUCCAGAAUUCAACAAGCAGCUUUGUUGUUACCAAGCUUACAAGCAAAUUGUUCGGUGUAUGAAUAUACCUGGGUUAACUGUAUGCGAUUGCGUCAAACGGAUAUCGUUUGUGAAAAAACAAUAUUGUUUUGAGCUUUCAAAAAUUAGUGCUGCCAUAUCACGUGGCACUUUUUAUAAGCCUAAAGCUAGUUGGUUUGAAAUUAUGCAUGAAUUGCUAUUUCCAUACAUUCAAUCAGAAUCCAGCAAUUGCAACGAAGAUUCUAGAAAAGAUUGUGAUUGUUCGCAAGACGAAGAAGGAGAUGGUGAUGGAUGCGACAACGAAAACCCAGUGAUCGACGAAUGCGAAUGCCCACCGUGCGAAUGUCCACCUUCUGAAAACUUUGAACAAGAUCGUACAUCUUACACCAACAGGGAAACAUGUUUGGAUCUUCCUCACAAGAAACAUCAUCGUUCUAAGUCCCGUGCAUCUAAAAAUCGUGGUCCCUCAAAGUCACCAAUAUGCUCUACACGCAGCAAUUGCGUAGAACAAAAUUCUGCGUCAGAUUUAGAGAGAUCAAAACCGCUACAAAAAUUUAACAAGCAUGUUAGACCAAGUACACAAACUGACAACGCCACGAACACAAGAAAGACAACGUGUGAUAAAGGAAACGAUGUUAUACGAUCUAUGAGCACAACAAAAUGCGCCCAAGUGUCAAAGAGAUGUAUGGAUGCCGGCAACAGAACGAGCUCACUUUAUAUUAGCCAAUCUGAAGUUCAAACUGAAAGAAAAUCUACAGUAAAUACUUACACGAAUUGUGAACAUGCAGAAAAGGCGCAAUGCACAAUGAAUGACGAAUUUUUGCUGGAAGAUGUCUGCACAAAUUCCGCAGAAGGAAGUGGGAAGAAGUGUAACCAGUACGACGAAUUUGAUAUGUUUGGGAAGAGUGUCGCUUGUCAGUUGCGUAGUCUCAGCUUAGAAUCGGCUAUCAAUCUGGAGAAACGCAUACAAGAUAUGAUGACCGAAGAGCGACUGUGCUGUAUGAAAGAUAGCGCAGCUGUAAAAAUGAGUAGCAAAGAUUGCACCUGCACUUGCAACGAAUGCAAAGAAUGUUGUUCUUCAGAAAAAGAUCAAACUUGCGCAUGUGGCGUACCGGUCAGCAAAUGUUUGCCUUUAUUUCCAAUGAAACCGAGCCAAUGUUACGGAUUUGGAUGUAAUUAAAAGAACUGUGCUGUUAAAAAUGAAGCCUUUAAAACUGUUGUACAGGAAUUAAAUUUCCCCGGCAUCAGAGUGCCUGAAUGCUUGCAACAAAUUGAAGUCAUAAGGGAAAAGUAAAGUCAGGAUGACGC